AUGGCCCCCACAUACGCUCCUCUCGGCUCGGGCGAAGACCAGCGCCCUCACCAUGGCCAGCGCACACCCGCGUGGAUUCGGGUCCUCUGGUUCUUCCAAGCUGCCGUCGCACUCCUGCGCAUUCUCUUCGUCGCCUUGUUUCUGGUUGCUUUUCUCCUCAUAGCGUCGCUCCUCGGUGUCCCGGCUCUUGGCUUCAUUCUCGUAGCCCUCAUCCUCGGCCUCGACAUCUUUCUCUCCACCUUCAUCGUCGUGACCGCCUACCGGCAACUCUUCAACAAAGCAGACAAGCGGACCAGGCUAAGAAGAGAAGUCUACAAAGGCGCGAUCGCGACAUGGCUGUUCAUCUCUUUCGUCUCGCUGCCCAAAGGCACGAAGCCUAGUUUAGAGAUGGACGCUGAGCAGAGGAGGGUGUUCGACAUGCUCAUCAAGAAGAUCUGGAUCGGGCAGCUGCUGGUUACCAUUGCGAUUAUUGGCUUGUUCUACCCGCCGCUAUGGGUGGCGUUUAAGGAGCGACAUGCGGAGAAGGAGAGGGCGAACGAAGGCCGGGGUGAGAUUGAGUUGGAAGAUCACGAAAUUCAGCUCCUCGAGAGGGUGUCGGUGGAUACGCUUGAUGGGUUGGCUGAGGAAGAUGAAGAGAUUGACUGUGCGAAAGCGAAGGCAUGA